AAAAUCCCUGCCCUCUGAAAGCUCUGUGUGUGUGUGUAUAUGAGAGAGAGAGAGGACUCUUUCUUCUCUGUUAUCCUCUGCUACACUUUGUGGUCUCCACUAACUAUUCUCUCACUUCCCAGCUACCUAGCCAUGGCAAUGAUACUUAGAUCUCUGCUCAUUCUCUUGCUCUCCACCCUCAUUUUCUCCCACAUUACAGUGGAAGUCUCAUCAGCUACUAUAACACUAUACAACAAGUGCAGCCACCCAGUGUGGCCUGGUAUUCAACCAAGUGCAGGAAAGCCCCUCUUAGCUAGAGGUGGCUUCAGGCUCUCACCCAACAAGGCCUACUCUCUAAAACUCCCACCACUCUGGUCCGGCCGCUUCUGGGGUCGCCAUGGCUGCAUAUUUGACGCCUCUGGCCGUGGCCACUGCGCCACAGGAGACUGUGGUGGUGCCUUUCACUGCAAUGGUCUAGGAGGUACCCCUCCAGCCACCUUAGCAGAGAUUACCCUGGGAAAUGACCAAGAUUUCUACGAUGUUAGCCUCGUAGAUGGCUACAAUAUUGCAAUGUCUAUAACCCCAUAUAAAGGGUCAGGGAAAUGCAGCUAUGCAGGGUGUGUUAGUGACCUGAAUCUGAUGUGUCCAGUUGGGUUACAGGUGAGGUCCAAGGAUAAUAGAAGAGUUGUAGCUUGCAAGAGUGCUUGUUUUGCUUUCAAUUCGCCAAGGUAUUGCUGCACAGGGAGCUUUGGAAGUCCUCAAUCUUGCAAGCCAACUGCUUAUUCCAGGAUUUUCAAGGCAGCUUGCCCCAAAGCUUACUCCUAUGCCUACGAUGACCCUACAAGCAUUGCUACCUGCACUCGUGGGAGCUAUUUGGUCACUUUCUGCCCUCACCACCGCUGAUUAAUUAUCAUUAGUAGUUAACUAAAUUUGGGUUUUAGAGUUUAUUAAUUGGGUGUAUUGAUUUGUUCUGCAAUCUGCAGUGUACUUUCAUAGAGACCAGUGUGAGAUUAUAUACAUAUAUUUGCUGUUGGGCUUA